AUGUAUUCAACGGAUAAUUACUCAUCACUCAAUAUGUCAUCAGUCAUAAUUAAUAAUGGUCAACCUAAAGUCAAGACUCCUCUUAAAAAGGAAGAAUUGGAGCAAAUUGCUCGUCAAUUAAAGAAGAAACUUUCAAAAGCAAGCAUAACUGCAAAACAGUCAUUAUCACCAACAAAUGUCAAAACCACACCAAUGUCAUUACCAAAAUCUUCACCAUUGAAGAGCUAUAUCAUGAAGAAAAAUGCCAGUGCACACAAUCUUCACAAUGGUUCUCCCAUCAACAAUAUGGAUAACUUGAACUCGUCCCCGAUAAACUUAUAUUCACCAAAUGGUAAGUCACCAACACAUAUAAGGACACCAGCGGCAGCCUUCUUAUCUUCUUCCCCACUAAAAAAUAUUGCACAUCAUGACGCGGAUGACAUGCUAGAUUCACCAACUAAAAAGAGGAAGACAUCGCCAAAUAAAAUGGUUUUGCAAGAAAUUACACCAGAAAGAAAUGCACCACCAACGGCAACCAAGAAUACCCUUAAACCAUCCUUAGAGUUGGAAAGCACACCUACAAAGAAAGGUUCUAGAUCACCAACAAAGGAAGAGCAAACAACUCCAACUUUACCAAAGAGAGAAUUGUCAACCUCACAGAAUGCUCUUUUGAAAACUCCUAAACAAUCAUCCAAUAGCAAUGGUUUCAACGAUGCUGAAGGUGCUGAUUUAUUAAUGUUCUUAGCCACCUCUCCUUCUCCAGCAAGAGCAUUCUAUGGAAACACACCGCGUUCCGUCAGCAAACCUCUCCCGUCCAUUCAACAACAUUCCCCAUCCCAAUCAUCUCAACAACAGCAACCAUCAUCACAAUCACAGCCAUCACAACAGCAACAACAAACUUCUCAACCUGUUCCUCCAGUAUUGUCUGUAUCACAACCAAAUUCGCAGUCUUCUAAUUCGGGCGCUUCGGCGUUCAUUGCUCCACCUCCACCGGUAACUCCAAAGAGAGUAAUAACGAGUCUGAACACAAGAACACCACAAAACAGAUUGACUCCAUUCUUCAGUUCUUUAAAUGGUGGCCUUCCAUCUCAAGGGUUAGCUUUAACUCCUACGAGUUUUAACAUGAAUGAUUAUGUGACAUUCUUCACACCAUCACCAGGAGGUGCAUUCAAUAAGAACCUUUUGAAAACACCUGAUUUCCAUACUUCUUCACAGAAAAAGUAG